CGGUAAUCCACUUAAACGCUGGUUGCCUAACCGCCGCCACAAAAAAUAAAAAUAAGAAGACGCGGUCACAUUCGCUGGACGUUUUUUAUUAGAACGCUGAAUUCUUCGCGUGUUGAACAGCACAGCUAGCUACUUAGCUAGCAGCUGAAGGACGUCCAACAGAAACAUGUUGUCCCGUCUGUUGUAUUCUAUCGUCAACAACCUGCGCGUCAUCGAGAAGCUCUCAGAGUCCCGUCCGAUCCGCAGAGCGGCUCAGAUCACGGUGUACGCCCUGACCAAGGCUCAUAUCGCCGGACGAGACGCCUCGCAGCGGGUGCUGCGGUCCGACACGCUGCGGCAGGUCCGACAGGAGGCCAGCAAAGUCCCCGGAGACCUGGAGGAGGUGGGGAACCGCCUGAGGAGGGUCAGCGGAACCUUCGUCAACGAGGUGAAACAGGGAUGGAAGGAUAGCUCCAGACAGAUCAAGAAAUGAGGGACAUCACAGCACUUCUGCCUAAUCAAAGACCAUUGGGUGAAGAAAACAGUUCUGUGGGGUUUGAAAAGUGACUGCAUGCUGUGAUCAGCUCAUUUGCUGGUGAUCAGCUGGUGGUUGUUCAGAAUGUACACCAGUAUUUCCUAGAGUCCCUUGAUUGAGAGAGUAAUGACAUGACAAGUUAAAAAAAAAAAAUGGUCCUGUGACUCGUGGUGUCAUUUUGGGUUCAAAAUUGCAUUUGCUGUUAAUCUAUCUGCAUGUAAAUCCAGCUAUUUACUGUCAUUCGCUGAAAAAGCUGGGUUGCUGUGCAUUUGGAUGCACAAAUAGACGCAGCAAGGGCUUCAAGUUGUACAGAUUCCUUUCAGAUCUGAACAAAAGAAAAAUUUGGGAAAAUGAAGUCAGCCAUGUGGGAUGGAAGCCGACAUCAUCAAAGCUUUGUGAGGUAAAUUUAUUGUUCAGUCCCAUGUACAGUAAAACUCACCUAAUCCAUCAUCGUGUCAUCCAGAUAUUCGCAGUCACCAGACCAAUGUUAUGUAUUCUUUUCCAUGUAACAAACACUGUAUAUAAUGGAUUUUUCACUCCCAUCGGAUAAAAUGUCCCAUCCGAACGCAAUGUAUUUCCAUUAAAAACCCUGAGCAGUCUGGACGUGCAAAGUAACAGAGGUACAAAUUAAUUACACUUGCCAAUUUGAGGAAAGUUGGGACCGGAGUCUGACACUUUUUUGCUUUUACUGCUUUGGCUGCCAUUAUAUUUGAAUCGUUUUUGUAGUUCGCACACUGAUGACAAAUGGAUCACAAAAGUCCGCAACUUUGCAACACAGUGUCUGAAAACUGUACAGCUUACCUUUGAAUUGGAGGAGGUGAUUGUAGAAAGAAAAGCUUGUUGAGCAUCAAAUUAGUCCAUAAUAAAGCAUAAUCCAGCGACGGAGAACUUUAAAAUUGUCACACACAUCACUGCAUGACACGGAAUUACAGCUGUGGAGCUGCAUAAAUCAGGCUUUAAAUGAAUUAAAUACAUCAACACAAAUUGUAAAUUUGAUAGCUUAACUGUUUUUAUAUUUUGAUAGCACCUGUACCUGGAUGUGUUGCUGUAUGUGGUUAAAUUAUUUAAAAAAUGUUGAAAACAAAAGGUUCAUUCAGUAGUUCAGUGCAGUUGGAACCAAAAUGGUGCCAUGUUCUCAGUUGACAUUCACAUUACAUUCACUCGCUCAUCUUCAGCUGUUUUCUUCAGUUAAGGGUCAAGGACUAUCCCGGCAGUCGCAGGGCGUGAGGAGAGGUACACCCUGGACAGGACGCCAGUCUGUUGCAGGGCCACAUAUAGACAAACACACGCACACCUAUGGACAAUUUAAAAGUUUCCAGUCCACCUAACCUGUAUGUUUUUGGAUGUGGGAGGAAGAUGGAGCACUCUGAUUGAAAUCUGUGUUCAAAAAAUAUGCCAGUUGUCACAGUUGUGUAACCUAACUAGCCACAAACAGAUUGUUCCUGGACAUAGAGUACAGAUGUUUGUCCAGAUUUUAGACCUGCAUUUGUUGGGGCUGCAGGUAACAAUUAUUUCCAUAAUCGAGUAAUGAUUCAAUUAAUAUUUUCAAUUAGUUGUUAGGUCUGUAAAAUAUCA